CGGUGUGGAUGACCGAAGACGAUGACUAUAAGGUCUGGAUUCGAGGAUCUUUACCCGCUGAUGAUAUUCGUGUGUUGAACACACUGAGAGAGCGAUUCCUUGACAGCCCUUCCAGCCUCCCGUAUAAUUUCUCUACUGAGCCAUACCAUAUCAAAUACAAAAGAAGUUCUUCUUGGAGUUACAUAAACCAUUACUUGAAACAAUUCUUCAUCAAUCAGACCAGCGGUUUCUUUGUGGAGGCCGGGGCACUGGAUGGGGAAUUUCUUUCGAACACACUGUGGCUUGAACAAACUCUGGGAUGGAAAGGACUUCUGGUCGAACCAGAUAAAGACAGUUAUCGGCAACUCCUCCAGAAACACAGACGGUCUUGGUCCUCCAAUACCUGCCUCUCAAACUCCAGCCGUCCGAAGGAAACUGUUCACGUUUCUGUCAGACUCAGUGGGGAGUACAAUGGUAUCAGCUGGUAUCUCAGAGGUUCUUCUCACGAGUUAGGAGCAACUCUAGCGCCGCAUUAUGACUCUGUCUUUAAAGCUUCUCGUGAGUCUUACGCCAUGGUACAAUGCUUCCCCCUGGCGUCUUUUCUGUGGGCUCUCAAUGUAACUACAGUGGACUUUCUGUCCUUGGAUAUCCAAGGAGCCGAGGAAGCUGUGCUAAAGUCUUUUCCGUGGAAUAAAUUUACCAUCAAAAUGAUAGUUGCCGAGAUGUCUAAUAGACGUCAUAACCUUACUAAUAUUAUGAAGGAUGUUGGGUAUAAGUGGUUGAAUUCGCAGGAAAUAGAAGAAACCAAUUUUAUCGAGGACUACAUUUUUGUGAGAAAUGAACUUUUGUUGGGUCACCAAAUUAAAUAAUAGGAACUAAAAAUUAAAGUGUUCCC